AUGAUACAGGCGAAAAUUUUACCACCUCUAGAUACACGUAAAUUUCAAGCCUUACUUAGUCAAUGUGGUGUUACAUCGAAUGCUUGUCAAACAUUUACCAGUAUAACUACACCUCCUGAUUUCUAUGAGAACAGUGCUAUUCAAAGACAGUCAAUAAUUGAUGAAUAUGACUGUCAGCUGAAACGACUACGAGGUUUUUCAGGACCAAUGCCAUCGAAUACAGCUGUUGAAUUACGAAAGGAAUGGAUUCAAUAUAACAUGCCGAAUGCUAUUGACUGUAAGCCUUUUUCACGUCUGCACUUAAUUGAUGCUGAAAGAGGAUAUGGACGUCAAGGAAGAUAUCUCUCUCGUCUAUUCAGAACACAAUGGUAUGAAUAUUGGAAGUUUUUAGAUGAUUUUAUUGAUUUAAACACUGAGAAUGCUUGUCUGCUUUAG